UAUACAGCCUCGGAGCUUUUGCAGAAACAAGGCAAAAAAGAGAUGGGUUUCUCUCUCUUGCGCUUAUUGGUCCUCGGUCUCUGUCUUUUGGCUGCUUCUUCUUGGUCUUUAGCUUUUCAGUCCGAUGAGCUUCUAAUCGACGACGAGGAGUUUGGUCUCGAAGGAGGUGUGCAGAGUAAGUCACAUGAUCUUGGCUACACACGAUCCCAACCUUCAACAACGACCCGAAAGAGGUUUUCGGAUUCAGAUUCGGACUCCAAGAUCCAGUUCUCUCUCGAGCACGCCUUUGGAGACUCGGAUUUCUCCCAAACUGGUACCUUUACGGCUCGCUUAAAGACUUGGAACCAUGGUGGUCAGACGCUAACAAAGCUGCGGUUUUCACGGAAUGCAUUUACUACAGAGGACAAGGAAAAGUUUGAAUUACUACUACAAAGUGACGAUUUUUAUAGGAUAAGAUUGCCCUCCAAUGUAUUGAGCCCUCCUGGAAAGGAUUUUGUUAUUUCAUCGGUGAAAGCUAGAUGUCUUCCACGCGAUGGUCUGGACGAGCACUUUGUUAUACACACGGAUGGUGUUAAUAUAUUGGCUGUUAAUUACGGUGCACCUGGGGCAUGCCCAUAUCCUCGGCAAAUGAAGCUCCCGGCUAAGUGGUCCUUCAACUCUCACACAGUUUUGAAGAACAGUGAGCAAGCACCAAGAGCUCCAAUAUUUACUGAGGAAAUUCUUGGUGGUGAGGCCGGAGAGGGUGAAGUUGUAAAGCCACCAGAAAGGUCCUUUUGGGCUAAAUAUUGGAUGUACCUGAUUCCUCUUGGACUCAUUGUCAUGAAUGCCAUUACACAAGCAAUGAACAUGCCAGAAGAACAGGCUGCUGGCCAGUCGGCUGGCCAAACACAACAGCCAGCAGUAGUGCAGCGUGGUCCAACUUCCAAUGUGCGGAGAAGGUAGUGAGUUUGUCCCCGAUGACCAUAAAUGGAGUUAUAGAUUUGACUACCUUUAUUGUUGUAAAUUUUAAAAGAGUUAUUGAAUUAUCAAUAGAAUUUCAGGCCAGUUCAUGGAGAUCAGAUUCUCCUAAAUUUCGAACCAACAAUGUUGCCUUUUGUGGCUAGAUUUGUUGAAAACUUUUAUUCAAGAUUUUUUUUUUUGUGUUUUC